GUUCCCCAAAGACAACUGGCCAGGCAAGACUGCUGCAUGCCGUAGGCUACAGCAGGCAAUGCACGUGGCGAACCAUUUGACUGCAGUCACUUCCACUUCAUUACUCGCAUCUUCAUGACAUAGUCAAUCACGAUGACACAUGCGGAAGCCUAGUCGCAUGGCUGGGCCAAGCUUAUCAUCCAUGGCUCGAGUCGAAGAAUCCCCUCACAAGGGAUCAUGCAUCGAAUGCCUGAGACUGCCAAGAGAGCUGUUCGAACCGGGCUCGACAAUUUCUCACUCGUUCUACAAUUGUGACAGGGCCGUUGAGCGAAUCCGGCUCUCAAUUCGACAGGGAUGCCAUUUCUGUACCUUGAUAUUCGAUGCCCUUGAAGCCGGGCAGAAAGGUGACUCCGGAAUUGCAAUUGACAAGAAUGGAAUUGUACUCAAGACCACAUGGACUAGCUCAUGGCCCGGGCAUUCGCCGAUCAGGGCAGCGGAUUACUCCUUGCUCAGGCCUGACGAGAAGCACAUUACUACCCCCACCCGUGAGAGUUCUCCGGAGAAAAGGCUUGGUCCAUUUUUGACGCUUUCCUGGGGUAACUGCGUCACCCAACUUCGCUUCAACAUCAACUCUGAUGCUAAAUUCAAGAAACCGAGCAAGUACGUGACGGAUUGGGAUUUAUAUAGCUGUACGAAAAACUUUGAACCGGCUGAAAAGCGACAUCGAGACUACACACCCGUCGUCACAACGUCAGCUUCCCCCUUGGCGGCACAGACGGAUUCUCCCCAGGUCUUUCGGCUCCUGAACUCUUGGCUGGAUACAUGCCAGGCAAAGCACAGCCAGCGAUGCGGUUAUGUGGGAGGACUUGUUCUGGACAAAGGAUUCUCUUCGCCUACAAGACUGUUGCACAUUGGCGAGCAAGGCGAAAAUGUUGUCCUAGUGAACUCGGCCGAUCUGAAGCGAGACGAAGGCGGUUUUGGGCCAUCUUACACCGCGUUAAGCCACUGUUGGGGAGAUCCCAAAAGUGUACCCCAAACGACAAAGGCAAAUCUUGCGCAGACCAUGUCUGUUGGUCUUAGUUAUGAUGAGUUAUCUCCAACAUUCCAGCAUGCUGUCAAAAUUGCAAGGGAGCUCAAUAUUGGGUGGCUCUGGAUCGAUUCUUUGUGCAUCGUCCAGGACGACAAGGCCGACACGGACCGCGAGUUGCCACUGAUGGAGAUCAUCUACUCCAUGGCCAUGUGCACUCUAGUUGCAUCGGACUCAAAAGAUGGAAAUGGCGGAUGCUUCCUACCUCGGGGCCUGAACCCAGAUAUGCACCUACGGCCUUACACAAAGACUUACGACGACGUGAAGACCAACUUUUCAGUCACCUUCCAGCCCUACGUGUCAGAUUGGGCAUACCAGCGGCCCUUUGUUUUCCCGCGGUUGGUGUUUCCAAGAAAGGCAGCUGUCGAAAAGAAUCAUCUACUUCACCAAGAGUCAAGUACUCUGGGAAUGCCGAACUUCUAUCGCAUCCGAAGCAUACCCUGAGCUCAACAACUGGUUCACUGUCUCGGAACCCUCGUUCAUGACGCAGCCUUUUCGCGCUACCUGGGCUCGGGAAACCGACAGAACAAUGCAAUUUAAUAGCCUUGAGCGAAUUCAACCGUGGUUAGAUGAGUGGCUGCGCGUCGUCGAAGCCUAUUCUGGCAAAUCUCUCAGUAAACCAGAAGAUCGAUUUCCCGCGAUCGCCGGUGUGGCAGUGCACUUUGAGCGAAGCAUACGCAGAUCCGACCUAUUUCUUAGUAGCUAUGUGGCUGGAAUUUGGUUCUGUGAUCUUGAGAGAGGACUUUCAUGGAAACCGUCCUUCGACACUGGUACACAGAGGCCAGCAAAAGACAAAGUCUGGCCCCCGCCCCUCAAGAACUCCGCAACAUUCAAUGCCA